AUGUCUCUUCCGCAGCUCGACCCGGACAUCUUGGACGAACUGGCGGAGGCACGCUUGUUCCAUACCGAGGCUAUCGAGGACGUCUGCGAGUGCACGGCGCUUCAGAUGGGCACUAUGACCGAGUCCAUGAUGCAUCCUAAUCGGUAUAAGCACACCGCAGUCUUCUCUAUCUCUCCUUCUGCCGACCGGAAGCGCUUGGCGUUCGCAUUAGCAAAGCUGGUAUCUCUGACCCCGAUUUUGCGUUCCCGCAUUGUCGACAGCAGCCGUCAUGGUCUUGUCCGCGUCGUCCUGCGAGAAGAACACCAGAUGAAAUAUUUCUCGCAGCCGCUUCAUGAGUUCCUUGAGGAUGAGAAGAAUCAUACGAUGGGACUCGGGACACCUCUGCUGCGCAGUGCCUUUGUGGAUGGCAAACUCGUUCUCACGACGCACCAUGCCAUAAGAGACGAGACAUCUACAGCGCUUAUGCUCGCUGACAUUGUCCGCAUAUACAACUAUCAAGAGCCCGCGCAACAUAUUCCGUUCAACAACUUCGUCGCCUUUUGCGACAGCAUCGCGGACCACGAGGCGCGAGCCUUCUGGGCUGACCGACUCAGGGGUGAGAGCGCCAUCUUCCCUACGCCGACAGCAAGUGCGGCUCCAGCUACGGAGCCCUUCCAGAGACAGCGGGAUGAUUUAUUCGUUCCUGGGAACAUAUCACGCGCCCAACUUCCCGCAUAUAUUGAGGUCGCCUGGGCGUUGACGGCAACCGCCUAUACCAAUGCUCGCGCCGUCUCGUUCGGAUUGGUCUUCUCGGGCCGGACGCCGGCCUUCGCGUCUACGAUCGGCCCCACCGCUGCCGUUGUGCCUGUCCGCGUCGAGGUAGAUCCUUCAACGACCAUCCACGCGUUACUCAAGCAAAGAAUAGCCGCAAGGCGUUGUCUUCUGAAUCAUCCGGCGCUCCAGUAUGGACUGGCAAACAUCCGCCGUGUCAGUCGUGACGCCGGGGUUGCCGCCGGUUUUCAGACCCAGCUGAACAUCAUCCCGCAAGCCCGAGUUACAUCUGACACGGGUGCGAGCGGGCUGUUGCGGAUGGAAGAGGCCUAUGAGGUCGACGCGCAGUUCAUCUUGUCUCUAAACUGCUUCCUUCAUGAUGCUAAAGUUGCCAUCGAGGCCGACUUCAACCCGGUUGCGUUACAGACUGCUCAGAUGCAAAGAAUACUCAGGCAAUUUGCGUACACGUUGUCGUGGCUGCUAAGUAACCCAAUGGAGACCAUGGUUGAGAGUCUUUUGCCGCUGAAUCCGCAUGAUUUGUCGGAAAUUAUGGUCUGGAAUCAAGACGUACCUGAGGCCGUUAACGAGUGUAUACAUAAGCUUUUCGAGACUCGAGCUCGGCAACAGCCAUCUGCACCUGCUGUGAUAGCCCCUGACGGAACCGCCACAUACGAUUGGCCCUUCAUCUCCGUGUUCACGGCGUCGGACCAGAAAUAA